GCCCCUGGGGAUAGUGGAAACUCUGAGGAGUCCCCCAGGUCCUAGACUCUCUGGCUGGUUGGGCCGGUUUGCCCUCUGCCCCCAGGCUGGGUGGUUGCAGCUCCGAGGCUUCCUGGCGUCUGAGAGCAGGUCAGUCUUAAGCGCCAGACUUGGGCGCGAAGCGGGACUCUUGGGUCCGCCCUCCGGCCCUGGCCGCUGGGCGGGGCUGCACCUGCCGCCGCCGCCGGGCUCGUCGCCGCUGCGCACCUGGCCCAGCAGCCUCUGACCCAUCCUGGUGCCCUGACUGACCGGCCACAAAGACAGAGAGUGAGUCUUGCCCACCUCCUGGGGGACCAGUCUGCUCAGCCAAGGAGCCCCGUGGAACCGGGGGUUGGCACCAGUGCCCAGCCUGCCUCGAGGAGGCCCCGGCCAGACCAUGGCAGGCCUCUGUGACAGGGCCCCUGACUUCCUCUCCCCCACUGGAAACCAGGCCCUGGGGCCCACCGUGGGCAGUGUAGUGGCUCUGAACUGCACAGCCUGGGUGGUCUCUGGGCCCCACUGUCCCCUACCCUCAGUCCAGUGGCUGAAAGACAGGCUGCCGCUGGGCGAUGGGAGCCACUAUGACCUCCAUGAAGACUCCUGGGUCAAGGACAACUUAUCAGAGGUGCUUGUGUCCAGUGUUCUGGGGGUCAACCUGACCCGUGCUGAGGACUAUGGGGCCUUUACCUGCUCCAUCCGGAAUGUCAGCUCCUCUUCCUUCACUCUUUGGAGAGCUGCUCUGUCCCCAGGCCCAGCGGGCCACGUGGCCGCGGUGCUGGCCUCUCUGCUGGUGCUGCUGGCUCUGCUCCUGGCGGCCCUGCUCUACGUGAAGUGUCGCCUCAGUGUCCUGCGCUGGUACCAAGACGCCUGCGGGGAGGUGGAGAUGAACGACGGGAAGCUCUACGACGCCUACGUCUCCUACAGCGACAGCCCCGAGGACCGGAAGUUCGUGAACUUCAUCCUGAAGCCGCACCUAGAGCGGCGUCGGGGCUACAAGCUCUUCCUGGAUGACCGCGACCUCCUGCCGCGCGCGGAGCCCUCCGCGGACCUGCUGGUGAACCUGAGCCGCUGCCGGCGCCUCAUCGUGGUGCUGUCGGACGCCUUCCUGGGCCGGGCCUGGUGCAGCCACAGCUUCCGGGAGGGCCUGUGCCGGCUGCUGGAGCUCACGCGCAGACCCAUCUUCAUCACCUUCGAGGGUCAAAGGCGCGACCCGGUGCACCCCGCGCUCCACCUGCUGCGCCAGCACCGCCACCUGGUGACCCUGCUGCUCUGGAGGCCCGGCUCCGUGGCGCCUUCUUCAGAUUUUUGGAAAGAGCUGCAGCUGGCGCUGCCACGGAAGGUGCGGUACAGAGCAAUGGAGGGAGACCCCCAGACCAGGUUGCAGGAUGACAAAGACCCCAUGCUUAUUGUACAAGGCCACGUCUCAGAGGAUCGGACCCUGAACCUGCAGCUGGACCCCGACCCCGAGGGGGACCUGGGUGUCCGAGGGCCAGUCUUUGGGGAGCCAUUAGCGCCACCGCAUGCAAGUGGGGUCUCGCUUGGAGAGGGCCGGGGCAGCGAGGUAGAUGUCUCCGACCUCGGCUCCCGCAACUACAGCGCCCGCACGGACUUCUACUGCCUGGUGUCCGAGGAUGAUGUGUAGCCCCCACCUGCCAGAACAGCAAGAUCUCCAAGGACAGCUGGGUGCAGGGUGGGGUGGGGCCUCUCUCCUCUUAGCAGGACUACCAGCCCUGAGACCCUGAGGGAAGGGGAGUUGCUCCAGUGUACCUCCUACUGCCAGGAAAUAAAGUCCUCUUAGAUCCUGCCUGGGCCUCAGCCUCUCCUCUCCUCUCCUGGGGCAGGAAGGGGGUAUGCAGCCCCUGGGUGGGGCACCCCUCAGUUCUGUCUCAGGCUUGUCCGU